AUGAAUAAUUCGUCGACAACCUUCGGAACUGACCCCCUCGUGGGUUUCGUUGCUGAUGACACCACCCGAGGCACACUCUCUAUUAUAUCCUCCUGCAUGUUCACCAUUAUUAUUUGCACAUGGACUACAAUCCACCCCCGCAUCCAUGUUUCCCGUCGUCUUCGAAAUACCCAUAAGUUCUACCAGCUCGUGAAAGCUUUAUUUGCCCCAGAAAUGGUCUGUCUCGAGUCCCUUCAAGAGUUCCUCCAAGCGAGGAAGGCAGUCCGGCGAUGCUAUGAAGCUACGGGCGGUCGCUUCAAAGUUAUCCAUGGCUUUUAUCUUGGCAUGAUGGGCGUCAGAUAUCGAGUUGGUGAUAAUGGAGGCUACCGGACACUCUGGCCUGGCCAAUACGCCUGGCUUCUGAACCAUGGAUUGGUAUCCUGGGACGACCAUGAGGCUUGGGGGCUUUCCCAGCCUGAUAUUGAAGACAAAAAUAAGGCCGAUGGCUUAGUUAAACUCGCUACUCUUCUCCAAGUCAUUUGGUUUACACUCCAAUCUAUUACACGAUUGGCACACAGCCUUCCCUUAGCUGCCAUCGAGACCAUGGCGCUUGCUUAUGUCUUCAACGCAGUCAUCACAUAUGGCUUCUGGUGGAUGAAGCCUAAAGAUAUUGCCACGGCUUCUUUUGUCGAUCUCCCAGAGAUGACAGAUCUACAGCGGGAGGUUUUUGAAGGCCUCUCGAUGGAGAACACGUACGAUGUUUCAGGGGAGGACCAAGAACCUGCCAUGGACACAGCCUGGUAUGUAGUCGCCAGAGACUGCCAGGACGAUGAUAUCCUGUUGAUGCCCCGCGCCAAUGAUAGCGAACAUGUACGUCCUACUGUAUCACGCUUGGACAAAGGAAGCAUUUUGGAAGCUCAGUUGGACUCUGAUGCCAGUAGCAACACUGAAAAGAAAGCCGCAGAUGGCGUGAUUACUGAAUGGGAUGCCAACCUUUACAUGACUAGAUACUGGCCUUUGCUCUGUCUUCUCGGUGCCUCAUUCGGCGCCGUUCAUUUGAUUUCAUGGUCCUCGGUAUUCCCUACUACAGUCGAGCUCUGGCUCUGGAGAAGCAGUGCCCUCCUAUCUGUUGUCACAGCGGUUCUAUUUGGGAAGGACCUCUCACCAUCGUUAAAGUAG